GCUGCGGACAGACUCGACUGGUGAUUCCGCGAUACACAAGCAGAGCAGGCAAAUGAGUUUAAAUCCUCUGUUUGGGCAGAUUUAUUCAGAAUAAAAAGAAGAGCUGGACAUCAAUAACAUCUACUUGAGACUGCCAUGUUGAUAUGAAUUAUUCGUUCGCAAAUCUUUCGGGAACGCGGAGCACAGCCGGCGAGUUCAAGCAGAGCAGAGGGAGCACAACUAGCCUGUUAGCUUUGUAGCUGUCCGUUAGCUCAGGAGCCGCUGAUUCGUCCACUCUGUCCUAUGUUAACGCUAAUUUACCCAGUAACAGUCAACACUUUUGGGUCCUGCUGAACUGUUUUCAAGUAUUUAAAAAAAAUCUAUAUCCCAAUACCCAAAAGGAGGGAAGACAGAACCCUGUGACAGGUUGAGGGUUGGGAGCAGCAGGGCAAAACCGAGCGGUGUCCUCAAGUGGCCGUGUCACCAUGGAUAACGCACACACGAAGACGGUUGAAGAAGUUUACAGCUUUUUUAACGUCAAUGAAAGCACGGGUCUGAGUUUAGAGGCAGUGAAGAAGCAGAGGGAACGAUACGGACCCAACGAAUUGCCAGCUGAGGAGGGUAAAUCCCUGUGGGAGCUGGUGGUUGAGCAGUUUGAAGAUUUGCUUGUGAGGAUCCUUUUGCUCGCUGCCUGCAUAUCUUUUGUGCUGGCCUGGUUUGAGGAGGGAGAGGAAACCGUUACAGCCUUUGUGGAGCCUUUUGUUAUUCUACUUAUUCUCAUAGCAAAUGCUAUCGUUGGAGUCUGGCAGGAGCGAAAUGCAGAAAAUGCCAUCGAAGCGCUUAAGGAGUACGAGCCAGAGAUGGGGAAGGUGUACCGCCAGGACAGAAAGAGUGUCCAGAGAAUCAAGGCCAGGGACAUCAUGCCAGGGGACAUUGUGGAGGUGGCAGUUGGAGAUAAAGUGCCAGCAGACAUCAGGCUGACCUCGAUCAAGUCGACCACGCUGAGGGUAGACCAAUCAAUUCUUACAGGAGAGUCUGUAUCUGUGAUCAAACACACAGACCCGGUGCCUGACCCACGUGCUGUCAACCAGGACAAGAAAAACAUGCUCUUCUCUGGCACCAACAUUGCAGCAGGUAAGGCUGUUGGUGUGGUGGUGGCUACAGGUGGCAACACGGAGAUUGGCAAGAUCCGAGAUGAGAUGGCAGCAACAGAACAGGAGCGAACACCACUGCAGCAAAAACUGGAUGAGUUUGGACAGCAACUAUCUAAGGUUAUUACUCUGAUCUGCAUUGCCGUGUGGAUCAUCAAUAUCGGACAUUUCAACGAUCCUGUCCAUGGAGGCUCCUGGAUCCGUGGGGCCGUCUACUACUUCAAGAUCGCUGUGGCUCUGGCAGUUGCUGCUAUCCCGGAAGGUCUGCCUGCUGUCAUCACUACUUGCCUGGCUUUGGGAACACGGCGCAUGGCCAAGAAGAAUGCCAUUGUCCGCAGUUUACCCUCUGUGGAGACCCUCGGCUGUACAUCUGUCAUCUGCUCCGACAAGACCGGCACGCUGACCACCAAUCAGAUGUCUGUGUGCAGGAUGUUUAUCAUUGACCGAGCAGAAGGGGAUCAUUGUUCCUUGAAGGAAUUCACUGUCACUGGCUCUACAUAUGCUCCAGAUGGAGAAGUUUUCCAUGAUGGCAAAGGAGUCAAAUGUUCCCAGUAUGACGCCUUGGUGGAGCUGGCCUCUAUCUGCGCUCUCUGUAAUGAUUCCUCGUUGGACUAUAACGAGACUAAAGGUGUGUUUGAGAAGGUGGGAGAGGCCACAGAGACGGCUCUCACAUGCCUGGUGGAGAAGAUGAACGUGUUUGAUACAGAUGUUAAAGGCCUGUCCAAGAUCGAGAGGGCCAACGCCUGCAAUUCUGUGAUCAAGCAGCUGAUGAAGAAAGAGUUUACCUUGGAAUUCUCCAGAGACAGGAAGUCCAUGUCUGUGUACUGUACCCCUAACAAAGCCCGCUCUUCUGUCGGCAAGAUGUUUGUAAAGGGUGCCCCAGAGGGAGUGAUUGACAGGUGCACACACAUCCGUGUUGGCAAUAACAAGGUGCCCUUGACCCCUGGCAUCAAGGAAAAACUCAUGUCCGUGAUCAGGGAGUACGGAACUGGCAGGGACACCCUGCGUUGUCUGGCCCUGGCCACCCGAGACAACCCCAUGAGCAAGGACGACAUGGUGUUGGAGGACUCCAACCGCUUUAUCGAGUAUGAGACUGAUCUGACAUUCGUCGGCUGCGUGGGCAUGUUGGAUCCCCCCAGGGCAGAGGUGGCAGCUUCUAUCAGGCUCUGCCGACUUGCAGGCAUCCGAGUAAUUAUGAUCACCGGCGACAACAAGGGGACCGCUGUAGCGAUCUGCAGACGUAUUGGUAUUUUUGGAGAGGACGACGAUGUGUCCAGCAUGGCUUACACUGGCCGAGAGUUUGAUGAUCUGUCGCCUGCUGUACAAAGAGAUGCUGUGGUCAAGGCCCGCUGCUUUGCUCGUGUCGAGCCUUCCCAUAAAUCCAAGAUUGUGGAAAUUCUGCAGUCCUUUGAUGAGAUUACAGCUAUGACUGGUGACGGAGUAAACGAUGCUCCCGCUCUAAAGAAGGCUGAGAUCGGUAUCGCCAUGGGCUCAGGCACAGCUGUGGCAAAGACGGCCUCUGAGAUGGUGCUAGCUGAUGACAACUUUUCCACUAUUGUAGCUGCCGUAGAGGAAGGCAGAGCUAUUUAUAACAAUAUGAAACAGUUCAUCAGAUACCUCAUCUCCUCUAAUGUGGGCGAAGUUGUCUGCAUCUUCCUGACUGCAGCUCUGGGGUUCCCUGAAGCUCUCAUCCCUGUUCAGCUGCUCUGGGUCAACCUGGUGACCGACGGUUUGCCCGCCACCGCUUUAGGCUUCAACCCUCCAGACUUGGACAUCAUGAACAAGCCUCCACGCAACGCUCGCGAGCCCCUCAUCUCUGGAUGGCUCUUCUUCAGAUACCUAGCCAUCGGAUGUUAUGUGGGUGCUGCCACUGUUGGUGCUGCUGCCUGGUGGUUUGUUGCUGCUGAAGAUGGUCCAAGGAUCACCUUUUACCAGCUGAGCCACUUCCUGCAGUGUGGUCCAGAGAAUCCAGACUUCCAGGGUAUGGACUGUAAGAUCUUUGAGUCUCCUUACCCCAUGACCAUGGCCCUGUCUGUGCUGGUCACCAUUGAGAUGUGCAAUGCCCUGAACAGUGUGUCAGAGAACCAGUCCCUGCUGCGUAUGCCUCCCUGGGAGAAUGUGUGGCUGCUGGGAGCCAUCUGCCUCUCCAUGUCCCUUCACUUCCUCAUCCUCUACGUGGAACCUCUUCCGAUCAUCUUUCAGAUCACCCCUCUCAAUUUGACACAGUGGCUGAUGGUGCUAAAGAUCUCUCUUCCCGUCAUCCUGCUGGAUGAGCUGCUCAAGUUUGCUGCCAGGAACUACCUGGAGCCGGGUAAAGAGCUGGAGAAGCCUGCCGGCUCCAAAGGCUGCGCCCUGUCUGCAUGCAUGGAGGGCAUCUCCUGGCCCUUCGUGGCUGUUUCCCUCCCCUUGGUCCUCUGGAUCUACAGCUCCGACACUAACAUGGCCGACAUGUUCUGGUCCUGACUGACUUGAGCACAACCUCGACUUUCCAAUUUGCAUUCCUCCCCCCACACCCCCACCACCAUCACUUCCCCACCCUCCAUCCCCCAUCCCCUCUCCUCUUCCCUCUCUGCCUUCCUUCAUGUGCAUAGCUAGCGUGUGUGCGCGUUUGUAGAUUUAGCGUGUGUGCUUGUGUGCCUACCGUGAGUGUGUGUGUGUGUGUGUGUAUACGUGUACGAGAAGGACCAACUGUAACACAUGAAGCGUAACAAAUACUAUCAAAUGUUAACAUUGAGAAGUCACCCGUUUUGAGUUGGGAUCAGAUUUGUGAACAGGUGAGGCUUUAAAUGCGAGUGUUAGAAGACCAUCACUCCCAUAGCUGUGGACUUUGUUGCUGGUUUGAAAGAAAAUAUACUGUUGCCAUUUUUUUUUUUGUUAUGUCAAUAUUGCCUUUUAAGGUUUCUAUUUUCUAAUUAUUUGAGAAAUAUCAGUUGUCUUAUGUCACUACAGUAACAAAAGCAAAUUGUUUUGUUUAGCUUCCUUAUUCAUGGCAAGAAAAUCUUAAGAUAUCAGAAAUCCAUUGAUCUGUACAGAGAUUGAACACUAUUUUAUGCAACUUUUUUUUUUUUUAAAAUGGCUUUGUAAAUUGUUUGACCAGCGUGGCUUAGACAUACCGCCUUUCUAAUGUUUACCAUUGUGUCUUCAGUAUAAACUCAGAACUCUUUCAGAGAGGAGAAGCUCCGUGUGGCAGACGAGGACUGGGGGAAAGGUUUGGGAGUGAACAUUUGAAUGCUCCGCUUUAAACAAAACGGGGAGGAAAAAAGAUUAUCCUGGAAAAAAAGCAAAAGCCGCAUGUCCUGUGACCAAGCAUGAACUGUAUGUGGUUUCUCAUUUGUAAUUUAAUUAUGUAUGCCCCCCCCUUUCCCAUGUCAGAAUUUAAAUUAACUUCAUGGAUUGUUUUUUUUUUUUUACUAUUAUGAUUUGAAAUAAGCCAGUUUUUCUGCACUGGGCAGAGCACAGCUACCUCAAUAUGAUAAAGAAAGAUCGUUUAGUUUUUUGCUCAUCUCUAGAUGCUUUUCCCUCACGGCUUCCCACAGUCUCGCUAAAGCGUAACAUCUGAGGUGUGCCCCUAUUUGCUUGUGCAGAAAACCGAGAACAAAAUCUUCCCCUCCCUCUAACAUUUUUAAGGAUUUAUUUUGUUUGUAUCUAUUGUUGACAUUCAUUAACUUUAUUUGUUGUUUUGCUUUAGAGACAGAACUGUUCGGGGAUGAUGUAUGUUAAUUACCAUCUCCACAGUGUUUGAUUCAAAGGACAGUUAUUAAAAUCGUUACAAAAAAUACUAAUACAGCAAGUACUCCAAAAUGAACUUGGAUUGCAAAUAAAACACCCAAAAUGUUGGUUUUUUUUACUUCAAGAAAAAAAAUACACUCUUGAACCCUUUGAAUCAAAGUGUUUCUGUCUUUAUUUAUUACAACUGAGGCCGAUGGUUAACAUGAUUCAUAUCCAGUGUUUUCUGUAUGUGCACGUAAUACUUGAAUAUAAAUCAUUUCAGACAUAUGAAUGCUUCAGUUUCCUUGGCGCAACAUGACGAUGCAGGAGAUAUUCAUGACACAGUGAAACAGAUCUUGUGUAUAUUUGACUCUGGUGGGCUUAGGUCUUAGUUUGUGCUGGGCGCACCACACAUACAGUCAACUGCACUAACUUUAAGCAUCAUUCUGAAUGGAAGUGUCCCCUGUCUAAAGCAUGCUUUUUAGGGGUAGAAGCCUGGGUUUGUUUGCACUGUGUGUUUGUGUUCACUUGACAACAACUGUGUGCUUUCUUCCUCAAUGCCUUCCAUUGGCUCCCCUGUCACUAGAGUGAGUAUCCAUUUGCAUUUUCACACUCUUCACUACAGUAGAAGCUAAAAAAAACAAGACGACAGCAGAGAACCACUCCCUGGAUCAGAGAUUUUUCCACAAUUAAAUUAAGAAGCAUUUUGGGAAAUGAUGUCCAGGUAACUUGUAGGCUUUACGGUCAUUUAAAGAAGUUGUAAAUUGUUCCAUUAGAGGUAUGCAAGGGAGUGAUCAUGUGAGAUCAAACUAGAGAAACAUAGCAUUCAUGUUGACCACAUGCCACUAUUGUGAAUGUCACCGUGUGCUGUUCCUUUCACUGCUCUGACACUUGCUUAUAUCCACAAAUCCUACUGUUGAAAAUAUGGGUUUAAAAAAAAGGACAAUUUAAUGUUUUUAAUGUCUUUGAAUUGUGAAAUUUUGUUCUAACGUACCUAUUUUCUCCUUUCCAGGUUGGCUCUCAUAAACACUUGGCAUCAUUUUCAGAGUGGGCUCAGAGGCUGGAGUCCUCCUACCAUCCAGCAUGUGUGCUCACUCUUAACAUCACACACCUCAGACAUGAUGACCAGCAGUGUGUGUAUCCAUGCACAGACAAGAACAACAACAAAAAAAGACAUGUUUUAACAGUAAUAUAUGACCAAAUACAUAUGGGUACACUUAUGAAAAAAAAAGGUGGUUGGGCUUUGCUCCAUGCGCCAUAACACACCACCACACACACUUUUUUUAACACACUUAUACCUCUGUGUGCAGACGCUAUAUCGACAUGACACUAUUCCAGUUUUGUGUGCAGGGAAGUUCAACACCCUCGGCGUUCCUUCUUGCAUGAAGAACUUGUUUCUGACUUUCCAUGGUAGCUCGUCACGUAGAGAAAUCUUUAAAAACACUGGGUUGAUUGGUCUUAGCUGUACAUCAGUGUACAAAUAUCAUGCAUGCGUUUCAGCUGUAUGUAGGUUUUGCGAUUUGUAUUUAUAGAUUCUAAUGUAUAAUACUCAAAUGACGGUUUUAAGAUGGAUAUAUCGUAAAUAUUGGGGAAAUCACUGUUUUUAUUGUAACGGUUUGGGUAAUUUGCACAACAUUAGACAUGGAGAAAUGACUCAUGCUGAACUUGACUGCUCUACUUGAGUUAGAUUUUUUUUUUACUUAAACUUUGCCAUUUUUGUUAACUACUAUACUCUAAUCACGGAUCCAUUUACUUUCUGGUGAAUUAGUCCUUUACACUUAGGACAACGGACUCGUAACAAUAAUCCUGCAAUACAACAGUGUUCUCCUGUUUUCUUAUUGCCUCCGCAUUACUCUUAUUAUUCUUAUUAUCAUGUAUCUUUAUCAACUGCUGUAAAACUGUGAUCUAAAGUGAGGGGGCCUAUGCAGCCCCCUCAGUGACACCUAGUCGAAGAACAAUAUUAACCAUAUGUAAAAAGAUGAUCAUUAUUGAAGACUAAUAAUGAUUGUACAUGCAUUACUGAGGUUGUGAUUUCAGGUAAAUAAAAAAAUAUAGUAUUUGAA